CGUUCUCUCUCUCUUGUGCUCUAUCGCACUCAAUAUUUAUACACGAACCUUCCUCGUUAUUUCCUCCCAAGAACAUCUCAAACACUUCUAUUCUUCAUUCAUUCAAUAUUUUGACCAACACACACACAUAUAAUCAUUUGUCCUCAUAAACCCUAAACCCUACCUAGUUCCAACAACUCUCUAGUUCCAAACUCAAGAAAAAAAAAGAGGUUAGUUUCAUAAGCAAUGGCCAAAGUUGGGAAGCUGACAAAGCUCAAGUCGGCCAUAAAGAAAUGGCCUUCCUUCGCCAAGAAUCACCACCACUCGUCCUCCUCCGCUGCCGUCUCCGAUGAGCUCUCAGAGGACAACAAUCUCCAUGUUGUUUAUGUUGGUCAGACUCGAAGACCUUACAUGCUUAGACCGGACAUCAUCUCUCACCCACUUUUUCAAGAACUGGUGGAUCGGUCUUCUAGAUCCGUGGAACAUGAUCGUGAGAUUGUUGUAUCUUGUGAAGUUGUUUUGUUCGAGCAUUUGUUGUGGAUGCUCAAGACUGGUCAAGAAGGAGGAUCCGUUGAAGAAUUGGCUGAGUUCUAUACUUAUUAACAUCGACCGGUUGAUUUUUAAACAUUUGUUUCGUAUAAUAUAUACUUUCUAUGUUUGUUAUUUUUGUUGUUGCUGCUGAUUUGUAUUUUGAUUCGAUGCGGUGUGUGAUCAAAAACGUGAUCUCGUAAACCAUGUCAUUUGCUUCUGUUUUUUUUUGUUCUCGAGCAAUUUUAUGAUGAUGAGCAUAUGUAGCUUCUUACUUUGUUACGACCAACAAAUAAUUAUUUUCUCUUA